AUGUUUUUGUUGAUGCCAGUUGAUGCCAGUGAUGGAGAAAUAGGAGUGUCGUUUAUAUCUGCCAAAUCGAAAUGUGCCCCAUUGAAAUGUAUGACCAUUCCCAGAUUAGAACUACAAGCCGCCGUUUUGGGCACCCGAUUGAUUGACACUAUAAUGAAGGAACACGAUCUCAAUGUUUCUCGCCGAAUCUGUUGGAGUGACUCUACAACCGUCAUUAGUUGGAUUAGUUCUGAGAGCCUGAGAUAUAAACCAUUUGUUGCCCACCGAAUUACCGAAAUACUUGACUCCACACGCCCAACGGAUUUUAGAUGGUUGCCUACGAAUCUAAAUGUUGCCGAUGACAUUACAAGAGCUAAAAAUAAAGUAGAUUUUGAACACGUUGGUUCCAAGGGCCACAAUUUUUGUAUGAAAACGAAGUUGAUUGGCCGAAUAAGAAUUCUGAGAAAUCUGAUGAUUUGUGUGAGGAAGAACUACGCCCCAAAUUUGUCAUGCUGUUUUAAGGCAUAUUUUCGUCUUUCCAAGGAUGCUGUGAUCUAUUUAGUGGAUACUCUCUAUAAGGACGAUAUAAAAAUUCAUCGGACAACAGCAAUACCUCCGCUGUUAAAAGUUAAAAGAAGGAAGGAAGUUUCCAAAAAUCACACUGCAACGAUUUUAAUUUGGGAAUGGCUAAGCCUAGGUUGUCUGUGGUAUUGA